AUUGGGAGUGCCCUUUCCCAAUGAAGGUCUCUCUCUCUGUCUACUUAACCACCACUUUUGACUUGAGUUACCAUCUCUUAACAAAAAGGUCUCCUCUUCUCCGUUGCUGAGAAUUUCUAGGGUUUUCGAAAUCAAAUCUAAUCUAACAAUGGCAAAUCAAGUGAUCUCAGGAAUCAAGGAAACAGCAGAAUCGAUCACCGGUGCGGCUCGUCCAUGGGGUGAUUUCCUCGAUCUAUCCGCCUUGAGCUUCCCUUCCUCCAUCGCCGAUGCCACAACUCGGCUGACUCAAAACCUUACUCACUUCCGCAUCAACUACAGUAUCAUUCUCUCUAUCCUUGUAGCUCUAACUCUAAUCACACGUCCCAUCGCGAUCCUCGCAUUCGUCGCCGUCGGUUUAGCUUGGUUCUUCCUCUAUUUCGCUCGCGAGGAGCCUCUCUCGAUCUUCGGAUUCACCAUUGACGACGGCGUCGUGGCGGUACUUCUCAUUGGUCUUUCGAUCGGGUCGUUAGUCACAACAGGAGUAUGGCUCAGAGCUCUCACAACCGUUGGAUUCGGUCUUCUGGUUUUGAUACUACACGCUUCGCUAAGAGGAACGGAUGAUCUUAUGAGUGACGAUCUGGAAUCACCUUACGGACCGAUGCUCUCUACCGCCGGCGGUGGUAACGACGGCGCUCGUGGUGAUUACAGUGGGAUCUGAUUUGAUUACGAAUUUGGGGAUUUUAGGGUUUUUUGAUGUUUGUAAAUUGUCAUUGUUUCCUCUGUGUUCAUUAUUGUUCAUGACAAAACUAACCCAUGUUGAAACCGGUUUAGAAAUAGGAGCGAUCCUAUCCGGUUCGUUGGUAUUCUACAGCAAUAGCAAUGAAAUUUCCUUCAGCCA